AUACGCCCCUCCCCCCCCCCCCCUUCUGGUGGAGCCCGGUGACUGAAUGGCUGAAGUGGCUGCUCCGAAUGGCUGCACGCAGGGUAAACACGCUGGAGUCCUCUCGUCCGCUGGAACUUACCGCCACUGUCUGUGAAGAAAGCUUGUUAUAUAUGUGUCCAGCUUUGCCCACGGUUGUCUCAACUUUUUUCCUGACAUCCUCAACUAUUCUUCCAUCCUCAUCCAUCCUUUUUCCAACUCUCUCCGGAGACAAUUCUGCAGUUGACGCCGUCCUUGCCUGGUUGUCCUGCCCUAGAGUGAUAUCAUCCACUCGAUCCCUCCCUUCUACUUAUACCAACCUCUAUACCGGACCAAGCCAUCCUCUUUCACCCCUAUCACCACCAUGCCUCGCUUCGAAGACGCUGACCUCGCCGUCGAUGGUGCCCCUGCCACCGGCACUCUCUCCCCCCGGGAGCGUGGCAGCGCCGCCGGUUCUCUGCCCAUCCCCAACGAGAGCGGCAACACGGUCGAGAUCCCCGCCACCCGCAGCGCCAUCAGUGAUGCCGCUCAGUACAUGCACAACCUGAGCUUCGCUCCCUCCUCUCGGGACCGUCGUGCCUCCCGCAACUCCUUCGGCACCUCUCUCCCCAUCCCCAGAUCCCCCCGGGUUUCCCGUCUGUCGUCCGUUGUCACCGCGGAUGUCUCCCGCGACAUCCUGGCCUCUCAGGUCCAGGAUAUGUCCAAGGAGAAGGUCGCUGCCGCCAAGAACAUGGCCUUCGCCUUCGACAUUGACGGUGUCCUGGCCCACGGCAACCACGCCAUCCCUCAGGCCAAGGAGGCCCUGAAGAUGCUCAACGGUGACAACGAGCUCGGCAUCAAGAUCCCUUACAUCCUCCUGACCAACGGUGGUGGUAAGACCGAGGAGGCGCGCUGCCAGCAGCUGACCGAAGUCCUCGACUGCCCCAUCUCCACCGACCAGUUCAUCCAGUCUCACACCCCAAUGCAGGCGUUGGCGGAGUACUACGAGACCGUCCUUGUGCUUGGUGGUGAGGGCCAGAAGAUCCGCGAGGUCGCCGAGAACUACGGCUUCAAGAACGUCGUUCACCCCAAGGACAUCCUCGCCUGGGACCCCACUGUCUCCCCCUGGGCCACCCUCAGUGAGGAGGACCGCGCCCAGGCCAAGCCUCGCGACUUCUCCAAGAUCAAGUUCGACGCCAUCCUGGUCUUUGCCGACUCCCGCGAUUACCAGACGGACAUGCAGCUCAUCCUCGAUCUGCUUCUGGCUGAGGACGGCAAGCUUCUGACCCGUGCCAAGGACCCCGUGGCCACCCGUAUCCCCGUCUACUUCUCCCAGGGUGACUUGAUCAUGCCCACAGACCACCGCGGACCUCCCCGUCUGACCCAGGGUGCUUUCCGUAUCUCCAUCGAGGCUCAGUACAAGGCCCUCACCGGUGUCGACCUGGAGCGUGUCGUCUACGGCAAGCCCGAACGUGCCACCUACACCUACGCCGAUGAGGUGCUCAAGUCCUGGAUGGAGCAGCUCCACAACGAGAGCCGCCUGCCCAAGAACGUCUACAUGGUUGGUGACAACCCGGCCUCCGACAUCUGCGGUGGUAACAUGUACGGCUGGAACACCUGUCUGGUGCGCACCGGUGUGUUCCAGGGCGGCGACAACGACGACAACAACCCGGCCAACUUCGGUGUCUUCCCCAACGUGCUCGAGGCUGUCAAGACCGCCGUCCGCAAGGAGCUCGGCCAGGACUUCAAGUUCAAGUGGAACCCUAAGGUCAACCCCGUUCUCCACGGCGACAGCGCCUCGGCCAUCGAGUAAAUGCUCGACUUUCGCGGCGUGUCUUCUUUCCUUCUUCACCUCCCAAUUUCCCCAUUUCUUUGUUUACAUCUUGAUCGAUGUUAGACACUCUCAUCGCAUGUUACGGCUUACGGGUUUGGACUACUGAUAUCCAUCGUCGCUCCUGGACCAAAAAAAAAGCCAGAGAGCCGACUGAUUUUGUUUUGAAUAUUAUGUUUUAGACUGGGCUUUUCAUUUUCCUUUUGGCUGUUUUCUUUUCCCCUGCGGAGGAUGCACAUGCACAUGCAAUGCAAUGAAAUGCAGCGUCAAACAAAUCCUGUUUCUUACAUUUCCCACACACAUUACCAAUGAUGUCUCUUCCACUGGGUUGGUUAGAUGGAUUGGAUCGAUUUUUUUUAGACUUUUUUUGGUUUUCAAUCAACUGCCCUGCCGCGUUGCAGGUUAUCCUUUUUUCUCUAUCCAUUCACUACCUAUUCGCCAUUGGCAUGGCCAUCCGUUCUCAGUAAAAAAAAA